GCUGCUGCUGCAGCAUCACUGGCAACGACAGAAAUCUGCAGCUGAGAAAAUCAAGAGAUCAAAAUGACGCGGAUUACAGACGCACAAUCUGUCGUGAAAAUCCAGGGCGCACUGCUGUUCUAGUUUCUCUUUCACGAAUGCGUCGGUGAUUUAUCGGCAUUUUCACACACGGCGCGAGAAUGCCGUGGACAGAUGAUGCGCUGCAUCUGCCAUGAUGCUGAUGGAGACUCCACAAGCCUUCAUGGCCAUUCGAUCGCUAUUCUCUUCUGCAUUUUCUAGGGCGCAUUAUUAAUCAUUUUUAUUCGUUGUCAGUUAAUUGCAAACAGAAAGGUAUUUUCAUUGCAUAAGAGGUGCUGGGGUCAACGACACAGUGAUGCUGUUAUUGCACAGCCUCAGAGAAGCCUAACAGACCAUGAUGAAGACCGAAUCCUCAUCCUCCUCUAAGCCAGCGAGCACCACCGCGCUUCGCAGCCCCUCUCCACACCGCAACGCGUACGAGGCGGCAGGGAUUCAGGCGUUGAAGCCGGCGACUGACAUUUUAAAUAAUGGCGACGCUCGGGAUGGCAAGCCGAAGCCCACCAGCCGCGGUCGCACGUACGGCUCAAACGUGCACCGCAUCAAGAACAUGUUCAUGCAGAUGGGCGCAUCCUCACCCACCGAGGCCGAAGACCCGCAGAGGGCGAACGGCGACGGUAAAUGUGUGCGUCUCAGCCUUCCGCGUGCUGGCAGUCUGAACGAGAACGUGGACCACAGCGCGCUCCUUAAACUGGGAUCCAGCGUCUCCGAGCGCGUCAACCGCUUUGAUAACAAAACGGACGCGUCGCCCCGGUACUCCAAGCUGCAGGAGACGAGGAAGAUCUUCGAGCAACAGAAUCUGGAAAGCCAGGCGGCUUCCACUCGGGUGUUACUGAAGAAGGAACGCGCCGCGGGACUCCAUGACGCGUCGCGUUUAGAUGUGGUUGCUCGCUUUAACGGUAGCACGGAGUCGUUGGAUAGCCUGGACGCGAUCGGCGGCACCGGCGAGGCCGUGUCUCCUACCGUCAGCCAGCUCAGCGCGGUGUUCGAGCGGGCCGCGGAGUUACGCAACAACCUGCACCGGCUGUCCAACACACCUCCGCUCCCUCUGCGCGGGGUCACCGCCCGGGUCGGUUCGCUUAACUCAAAGGUCAUCACCAAACGGGUACGCACGUUUCCUCUGGGGUCAAACAGGGAGGAUGAGGUUAACCAACAGCACCAGGUGGAACAAGAUGGGAGUUUAAACAGCCUCAACGGAGCCUCUGAGGAUCAGGAAAGUAUCAAAGCUGUGGACAAAGAGUCCUCAAGGGGUAAGCAGACAAGUGAGUUAAAUGAAUCCAGUGCCAUUGAGUCAAAAACCCUUGAUAAGACAGAAGAAGUCACUGCCACGAAGGCAAAAGGUACUCUUGUUACAGCUGGUGUCUGUACAUCUUUGGAAAAUGGAGACAUCGCUUCCAAUGGAGAGGUGCUGAAGAGAGACGCUGGGAUUGCAGACACUAGAAAGGCAGAGGAUGCUCUUGUAGGACAUGAACGUCCAUCAGUGGGAGUCUGUAAGAAGGAUGAUGAUGGCACUGUGAAGGAGGAUUACUCUACGGCUGAUUUGGUGGAUAUCAGUGCCUACAGCGCAGUGGGGGAAGACUCUGGUGGUAGUCAGAUUGAGGAUGAGGAGGAUGAAGAGGAGACAUUUGAGCCAGAGUCAAGCUGCUCUGAGGUUCCUGGAUUACCUGUGGAAGAGGAGCCGCCCCCAAGCAGGAAGAUUCAAUUCAGUUGUGCACCCAUUAAGGUUUACACAACUUACUCCAAUGAGGACUAUGAUAGAAGGAACGAUGACGUGGAUCCCAUGGCCGCUUCUGCUGAAUAUGAGCUGGAGAAACGUGUGGAAAGGCUGGACCUGUUCCCCGCUGAACUGGAAAAAGACAAUGAGGGUUUGGGGAUCAGUAUUAUUGGGAUGGGUGCUGGAGCUGACAUGGGUCUUGAGAAGCUUGGUAUAUUUGUCAAGACUGUCACAGAGGGAGGGGCAGCUCAUCGGGAUGGCAGGAUUCAGGUGAAUGAUUUGAUCGUGGAGGUAGAUGGAACAAGCCUAGUCGGUGUAACACAAAGUUUUGCUGCCUCGGUAUUAAGAAACACAUCUGGCACUGUCAGGUUUAUAAUUGGCAGAGAGAAACCAGGAGAGCAGAGUGAAGUGGCUCAACUCAUCCAGCAAACCCUUGAACAGGAACGUUGGCAGAGAGAGAUGAUGGAACAACGAUACAAUAACUACAUGGGGGAUGAAGAAGAGGGUGGUGAUUACGGCACUGAUGAAGAGGAUGAGAUGAGCCCCACAUACCCAAGUGCCAUAGAGGUGUUUGACCUGGCCGAGAAUGAGGACAUGUUGUCACCUGUGGAAGUGGACCCUGAGAAGCUCACCCACAAAUAUAAAGAGUUGCAGAUUAAACAUGCUGUGACUCAGGCUGAGAUCCAGCAGCUCAAGCGGAAGUUGAAUCAUGCUGAACAGGAGAAGCAGCGCUGGCGUGUGGAGAAGGCCCAGAUGGAGCGUAACAUGCAAGAGAACCGGGAGCGCAUGGAGAAGCUGGAGGGAUACUGGAUGGAGGCUCAAAGUUUGUGCCAGGCUGUGGACGAGCACCUGAAAGAAACACAGGCCCAGUAUCAGGCCCUGGAGCGAAAAUACAGCAAAGCCAAACGUCUCAUUAAAGAAUAUCAGCAAAAGGAGAUUGAGUUUCUAAAGAAAACAGCACAGCAGAACACCGUAGAAGAAACUGAGGCUUUACAUAAAGAGGAAACAGAACUUCAAGACAAGGUAACAGAAGUUGAGGAACUGAAGACGGCGGAUCCAUCGUAAAGUUCACCUGAUGAAAUCGUAACUACUUCAGUGUAAAUGUACUGGAACGGAGGAGAGAAUCUAUAAUGUUGUUCAUUUAGUUAUAGUCAGUAAACCCCACACAUGUUAAAAGAGUUUUACAACCUCACAACAUCAUUUUAGGAUUUUUAUGGUUUUGUAGAUUUCCAUUUCCUUAUUCUUAGUAUUGUGAAUAAUUAUUUUUCUCUACAGUAUUUGCUCUUUGUAUUAACCUUAUAUAUGUAUCUAUAGAUAUACCGAUUCGGUCAUCAUUGAAGGUUUUACCAAAGUUGUAGUAACCCAAAUCUAAACAACAAAACAUGUAUUUUACAUUAACUACUUUUAUGAAUGCUGAUCUUUCAUUAACAAAACACCACAGUGGAUUUUCUUUCAGCAUUGUCUUGAACUUUAACUCCUGAAACUGGGACACAUGGGCCUUGGUGCUGUACCAUAAAAGUCUUGUUUUUGUUUUAUUUUGUUUUUUUAUCCUACUGUAUUUCCACGUUUUUCGUGUGAUGAAACAACACCAGUAUUAUUUGUCUAAAAACCAUAUUUUAACAUUAAAUAGGAAGCAUAAUUUCUGGUGAAGUGGUCGGGAUGUGAUUAACUAGGUAGUCUGAAUCACUCUAUAAGGAUGAAGUAUUACAGCUAAGAUUUUGUGUUUAUUAAAAGAGUAACAUAAUUAGCUUAGCCUUUCUUUACUGUAUAGCCACAUUUUUAAAGGUUUUAAUUUCCUGAUGCCUCUCUACCUAUAGUAGUCCACACUAUACUGUACCUCUUGUGCACGGUUGUGGUGACUUGAACCUUAAAAACCAACUGCUGCCUUUAUCUCAGUAUUACUCCAGUGUUUCACUCACUCCCAAGUGUUCAAGUCCUUACAGUUCCUUAAAACCGUAGUGGCUUCCGGUAUUUUCCGGUGGAUCUGUACUUUUGAACCAUACCAGACAGGAUUAUGAAAUUGGUGCCCACAUGUGUAUAUUUUUAUCUUUCUUUUCUUAUCUGAGUGUUGUUCAUGUUUAAAAACAGUUAAGGGGGUCUGAUCUGCUGGGCUCACAAUAGUUUGAAUAAAUCUUUAUACUGCUGCCUGAAACCGAACUCAUUGAUCGUUCAGUGUAACAAAACCAGAAGGUUCUCACACUAGCUGCAAUACAAGUUGCUGAAAGUCAUUACAAAUACAACAGCAACGAUUACAAAUACAAAAUUACAAAUAUGUGAACAUAUUGAUGUGAGAUAUAGCAAGGAACCCAAAACAUAAAUGAUUGUGAUUGAUUGUAGUAUUUAGUGUCACUGUUAAGUCUUUCAGCAAAGACUAAAUAAAUCAAUGAGGCAUGUAAACAAUUUUUUUUCAGUGCAAACACUUGUAUGGAACGCACACUCAUGUGGUUUGUUAAUGUGGUUUUAUGAAAUAAACAGUCAAUUGUGGAUUUGUAA